UUUCCAGUUACAUGAGUUCUUACUAGGGAUUCCACACACAUCCAGUUCACAUUUGUUGUGAUUUUGUGGUGACGAUGAGAAAAGGGUUGGCUAAGAAACUGAGGGGUGGAAAAGAGGCAAACGUUCACGGUAGCCACAUAUCCCGAUGGCUGUGGCCAGGCCCUGUGGGGGACGUUCAGCCUCCGUCAGAAGUAAUCCAGAACCCAGGAACCUGGUAAUAUUUUGUCACCCAUCAGCAGAAUAAUGAUGCUCAGAGCCAUGUGUGUGUGAGGAAAUGGCACCACGGAUGGGUUGGUGGAGUGUACACAGCUGCCCCCGCCCUACUCCAGACCUCCGCAAAGACUCGAUGAAACGGACCUGAGUCAGCCGAGUCCCAACCCCUUUUCUUGGGCCUGCCGUGGCGCUGGACAUCAGUGACUGCGUAGUGACACGCGGAAGCAGUGGACCAUCAAGGCCACACACAGGAGGCCCCCGGAGCUUUCGAAGAUGAAGUUUGGCUGCCUCUCCUUCCGGCAGCCUUAUGCUGGCUUUGUCUUGAAUGGAGUCAAGACUGUGGAGACACGCUGGCGUCCCCUGCUGAGCAGCUACAGGAACUGUACCAUCGCCAUCCACGUUGCUCACAGGGACUGGGAAGGUGAUGCCUGGCGGGAGCUGCUGGUGGAGAGGCUCGGGAUGACGCCUGCUCAGAUUCAGGCAUUGCUCCGCGAAGGGGAAAAGUUUGGUCGAGGAGUGAUAGCGGGACUCGUUGACAUUGGGGAAACUUUGCAGUGCCCCGAGGACCUAACUCCUGAUGAGGUUGUGGAACUAGAAAAUCAAGCUGUACUGACCAGCCUGAAGCAGAAGUACCUGACUGUGAUUUCAAACCCCAGGUGGUUACUGGAGCCCAUGCCUAGGAAAGGAGACAAGGAGGUAUUCCAGGUAGACAUCCCAGAGCACCUGAUCCCUUUGGGGCAUGAGGUGUGACAAGUGUGGGCUCCUGAGAGGAAUGUUGCAGGGAAACCAGCUAAAUCAUUAUUUCAAUUCACCAUCAGUUGAAACCAGCUAAAUCGUUUAGCUGCUUUCAAUUUACCAUCAUGAUGCAGACCUACAUACAUUAGGUUAAAUCUGAAUUUCCCCUGCUUUGGAGAGUCCCAGCCACUAAGCACUGUGCGUGGAAAUAGGUUUCUUUGCUCAGACGAAGGAAGUAGGGGGUGGGGCUUUCCUUGUGUGAUGCCUCUUUGGGCACACAGGCAGUGUCUCAAGUACUUUGUCCUUUGGGCAGAAGGAAAAGCUGCCAGUAAAUGUCUCGGCAUGGCUACAAUUUUGGUCCUGCUAAUUUCUGGAUUAUACAAAUAAAUGUGUUGUAGAUGACCGGU